GCGGGAACGCCCAAGACCGCUCACGUGGUGCGGCGCGCACGGUGCAGCCGGGCUGCUCGGCCCGCCCCCUCGGGCGGAACUUUUUCUUCAGGGUCGAUUUAAGCCGAGACCCGGGGAGCUCGCUCGGGUGCAGUGUACUCCUUGGCUUCCUUGUUGUCUCUGUAAUCAGUUCUCUGGCUGAGGGGGUGAUGGCGGCUUCCUGUGUCCUCCUGCACACUGGGCAGAAGAUGCCCUUGAUUGGUCUGGGUACCUGGAAAAGUGAGCCUGGCCAGGUAAAAGCAGCCAUCACAUAUGCCCUUAGUGUGGGCUACCGCCACAUUGACUGUGCUGCUGCCUACGGCAAUGAGCCUGAGAUUGGGGAAGCCCUGAAGGAAAACGUGGGACCAGGCAAGGUGGUGCCUCGGGAGGAAGUGUUUGUGACAUCCAAGCUGUGGAACACAAAGCACCACCCUGAGGAUGUGGAACCUGCCCUCAGGAAGACAUUGGCUGACCUCCAACUGGAGUAUUUGGAUCUGUAUCUGAUGCACUGGCCCUAUGCCUUUGAGCGGGGAGACAAUCCCUUCCCCAAGAAUGCUGAUGGGACUAUGCGCUAUGAUUCUACCCACUACAAGGAGACAUGGAAGGCUCUAGAAGCCCUGGUGGCAAAGGGGCUGGUCCGAGCGCUGGGCCUGUCCAACUUCAACAGUCGGCAGAUUGAUGAUGUACUCAGUGUAGCCUCUGUGCGCCCAGCUGUCUUGCAGGUGGAAAGCCACCCAUACCUCGCUCAGAAUGAGCUGAUUGCCCACUGCCAGGCACGUGGCCUGGAGGUGACUGCCUAUAGCCCUUUGGGUUCCUCUGAUCGUGCCUGGCGUCACCCUGAUGAGCCUGUCCUGCUUGAGGAACCGUUGGUCUUGGCACUGGCUAAAAAGUAUGGCCGAUCUCCAGCUCAAAUCUUGCUCAGGUGGCAAGUCCAGCGGAAAGUGAUCUGUAUCCCCAAAAGUGUCACCCCAUCUCGUAUCCUUCAGAACAUCCAGGUGUUCGACUUCACCUUCAGCCCAGAGGAGGUGAAGCAGCUGGAUGCCCUGAACAAAAACUGGCGCUACAUUGUGCCAAUGAUUACGGUGGAUGGGAAGAGGGUCCCAAGAGAUGCAGGACACCCUCUGUAUCCGUUCAAUGACCCAUACUGAAGAAACCGCAACUACUAGCUUGCCUUUCACCUCAAGCUGUGAGGUGCUGCCUGCUGCUCCCCAGUAAAGGGAGUUAAUAAAGCCAUUGGAGAAUCCA